AUGACGAGCAAUAAUACUUCAAGCUCGCAUUCUCUACAAGACGCAGAGUUACCAGUAGGCUCGGCGCCAUCUAAUAAUAUGAUGAGCCAAGCGCUUACCUCGGGGCGGGUGCUGAGGUCCGCCACUAAACCUAAUAACAAGAGGGCUUUAGACCAACAAAUAGCCUCAGCCAGACAACAGAAACGACGGCGCAGCAUCCCUGUUCUGGAAGGAGAGGCCGGAGAGGAUGGAGUUGUUGUUGGAGGAGUCCUGAAAGUGAAGGCAAAACACAGGGACCUAGCACAAGCUUUUCUCAUAAGAGAUGACGGCACAGACUUGGUGAUUCCGCACGAAGUAUUUCUCCGCGUUCUCAAUUUGCUUUACGAAAAGAAUGACAUCGCGACGUUGAUUUGCCUGGGACUUACCAGGAAAGCAUUUUGGUGCUACAAAAAGCGACAGCAUCAUCGCAACUACUCAAAGCUCUCAACAUUGACUAAAAUAAAAUUAGCACCACGAUUGAAUAAGUGGAUGGGAUUAAGUUACCGAAUUGCCUCCAAGAAAACCUUGUCACUGGCAGUUGGCAAUCAAUGCAACGUGAUGUAUCUAUCACGACAGGUUUACGGCAAGAGAGGUAGCGACGAAGAGACUGCUAUGACUGGCAAAUACUACAGCCGUAUUACUCUACAAAUUCCACAACCAGGGGGUCGAGGUUACCCUCUUUACAGAACGCUUGUCUCACCAUUCGGCGAAGGUGUCGAGUGGAACGAAAGAGCACUCAAUGAUAUCUUGCAGAGAGCAAAGCUCUGGAGGUAUGGAUCGGGAGUUCGUUGGGAAGAAGCCUUGGAUGGCUUCUGGACCAAUUACUUCUCCAGCCCUUUUAAAGACUGGGUAGGGGACUACACGGAGGAGGAGUCGCCCAACGAUGGUGGCCAAUAUGAGCUUUUCGCUGCGAAACAAAAGUUAGAAGCAUAUGAAGAGCAGUUCCUGGAAGGAUAUAAGCUAUGGGAGGAUGAAGACGAAGAUUAUUAG